ACAGAUCACUCCAGAUUACUCAAAUAGCAACUUUUAUCUUCCUCCGGUUUACAUUCUGUCUGCAUUACGCAACAGCUCAUGGACGAAUUGCGUCCUAAGAAUUUCCUGAACCAUUUCUAUAUCAAUUCAUUAUUCUUUGUAACAUCCAAUUCAUAUUCAAAUGUAGCCGUAUUUUUUGAGGAGAUAUCAAGUGUUGCAAGUUUGAAAAUUUUUCCCCUCUUGGUCCAAAUUCAUAAAAGGUGCAAAAUAUAAAUGUUCAAAAUGUCUUCUUCAAAGUUCUUCGUUUUGUCAAUGAUAUCUGGAACACUAUCGGCUCUGCUGGCAACGCAUGCUGGAACAAAAUCAAUACUAAGCUGCUUGUUUGGAUUUCUUGCUGCUCUAGUUUUCUGUAUCUCUCUCAUGUUCUUGUGGAUUCUGACCCUUCGUCCAUCUCCUCGGCAAGGAAUACUAUCGGUUCUUCGUCAGCUGUAUUUCGCAGGCACCUCUUACAUUAGAGGGAAGUAUCAUCUCCGUGAACUAAACGCAGCCUGGAAGAACCCUCGACUUGCUCAGGAACAGUUUCUAUUGAGGAUUCUCAAGGAUAAUGGGGACACUGACUAUGGAAAGAAGUUCCAGCUGCAGAAAAUACAGAGCGUUAAAGAGUUCCGAAAACGCCAUCCGUUGACGACUUAUGAAGAUUACAAACCCUACGUUGAACGUGUAAUGGCUGGAGAGCGUGGCGUCAUGACCCAGGUUAUCCCGAACGCCUUCAUUCAAACUUCCGGUACGACUGGUCCUUCAAAGUAUUUUCCGCAAAGAGAUCAUAGGCUUACUUUGCGAAGAUGGCUGGAUGUUACAUUUGCCAAUCUGCACGAAGUAUGCCCCAAGAUCGGACUGCUCCAGAGGAAAAUCUUCCACUACGUCCAGCCGGUGAUGUCUAGGGCAGAAAGCGGAGGAAGCAUCAGGACAGGCAUUUCAUUUUACGAAGACGGUUUUAUGGCAUCCUGUUAUACGACACCUCCCGCAGGUUUCCGUAUCCAGUCUUUCAAAGAGGCCAAUUACAUCCACCUUCUGUUUGGUCUCCUUAAUCCAAACGUAGGGGUUUUCUGUGCAGUUUUCCUUGGCGCCAUUGACAACUUGAUGCAGCAGCUUGAGCAAUGGUGGGAGGACAUCGUCCAAGAUAUCGAACAUGGAACAAUCAAUGAGAAGGUGCAAAUUAACGAUACAGCCAUUCGAACAUCGCUUGAAGUAGCUCUUGGUCGUGGUCAUCCGGUGAGGGCGGGCGAACUGAGAUAUCAGUUCAAAAAAGGAUUCAAUAGCAUUAUGAAAAGGGUUUGGCCAAACCUUGAGGUGCUAGUAGCGGUAGAUAAUGCUGGAGUCUGGCCAAAGUUAAAAAAGACAUAUGCGAACGGUGUUAAACUUGUGACUUUCGCAUAUGGAACCUCUGAAGGUAUGCAUCAAGGGUUGUCGCCCUGGAUACACGAUGACAAUCACGGCAUAGCUUUCUGGAUCACAAGUUCCUUCUUCGAAUUCAUCAAAUUGGAGAACUCGCAUGAGAGUCAGCCUAAAACUUUUCUCAUCGACGAACUGGAGAUCGGGCAGGCGUACGAGAUCGUCUUCACCCAAGAUUGUGGUCUCUAUAGAUACCGGGUAGGAGAUGUCAUACGGAUCACCGGAUAUCACUACAACUGCCCCAUAUUUGAAUUCAUGUAUCGUUUGGGGUUAAUUCUGAACUUGCGUUAUGAGAAGAUGAAUCAGGUUAUUCUAAAGGAGGGCCUCCAGUCGGCUGUUGGACAGUUCACUGGCGUUAGGCUAGUCGAGUACGCAGUGGCUGAAAGCAAACUUAUUCCGAAAUCAUCACCAGCAUCUGAAGAGACAGAAGACAUGCCGUAUUACGUGAUAUUUCUAGAAUUAGGCCACGUAGGAAACUCAUCUGGACACGGAGACAACAAAAUGACGAAGGUUAAUGAAAUUACAACUGCAAUCGAUAAUGCGCUACGCGAGCGUAACAGCGACUACCAGAGACUGCGGAGAGAGGGCGCUAUUUCACACCCUCGCGUUUACAUCGUGGACACAGGCACGUUCGAAGAGCUAAAGCAAUACGUGGUGAAUACUACAAGCACGACUGUCAACCAGUACAAAGUGCCCCGGAGAAUUCGUACCGUUAAUAUUCUUAACUUUAUGUAUGGUCACGCGACAAGCAGCCCAACAAAGGAAAAAUAAUAAUCUUCUUGGAUCUUAGAUAAAACGGAGUGUGUGUCCUUACCCAUGAUAAAGAUUCAAACUGAUGAAUGGUAGAGUCACAUGACGAAACCGACUUCAAUCCGACUGUCCGGAUAGCCGUUACAAACAUCGUUUUAGGUUUGGUGGUCCGGAGUCGAUUUUGCUUUUGUUACUGUGGCAUAAAAUAGUAUCUUAACUCGGUCCUAUAAGUGUAGUCUAGUUGGUCCUUAAUUAGGCCCAUCCUUCCACUGAUAAUGGCGUUAUGUUACGGAAAUCCCGUUCAUAGCCUAUUGUAUGCAUGGUAUGUGGAAUGACAGUUUCUGAAUAAUAAACAUGUUCAAUUCCCCCUAAUUAUUUGAAUGUAAAACGUUUUCCUUGAAACUCCAAAUCGUCAUCGGAAAUUUUGAAAAACUUACGUUUUUUUUUCGUCAUGAAUGUCAUGAUUGUCAUUUUUUUCAAGCAAUCUGCUUAUGAUGACAAUCCUUCUCCUGCAAAUUGUGAAUAUCAUAUAGUUAAUCAUUUUUGUCUGAAAUUAUCUUUUUAAUACUCUUUAUUUAUGAUUCAUGCCAAAAAUGCUAGCAUAUUAUGUUUAUUAUGUUAUGAAAAAUGUAUUAUUCAAAUGUUAUGGAUGCAGAAGAAAACAAUAAAUCAAAUCAAAUCAAACUGAAACAGGAACAAGUAGAAAGUUUGUGAUACUGGUCUAAGGUUAUCAGUUGGAUGUAUCACGGUUUCUACUCCGAAAUAUCAUACCAUUGCCUUGACCUAUAUAUAAGGAUAUUGAUAUUUCCAAAGUCCACCUGGAAACAAUAGCCUUGGUUCAUCUUUUGCCUCUACGAUGUCUACCGGCAGCAAAGAAGCGUUAUAAGCGCUAAAGGGGCAUUGACAGUAGGCCAAGUCACAUCAUUGCGAUUGUAUUAUCGCCACCAACACCACCACCUCAUUAUCAUUACCACCACCAUUAACACCACCAUCACCACCAUCCUCGCCACUAUCAACACCACCACCAUAACCAUCAACACCACCACACCACCAUCCUCGCCAAUAUCAACACCACCACCAUAAACAUCAACUUAUGAUAUGAGGCAUCGCUGUGACAAUUGUAACCAAGCGCCUGCAUUUUUAACGCUAUGAAUAGCAGCCGGGACGCGAAAUUAUUUUUCCCAAUGCAAUGCCGGACCCCAAUAUAAAUAAUUAUGACUUGCGUCUUCGGAAUAAUAGUACGCAUGCGCGUGGACUAGAAGCCUAAUGCCUAUGUAUGGGUAGACCUAUUGGUAAUUUGAGGGUGCUGAUUCGUUCGUGGCAACGUGAACGCGAACGACCAUAAUUAAUUCUGUAAAGGUAAGUCCACGCGCAUGCGUACUUAUAUUCCGAAGACGCAAGACAUGAAUAUUCAUAUUGGGGUCCGGACCUGCGGAAGGAAAAAUAAUUUCGCAGCCGGGAUUUUUUUUUUCUUGUUCAUUUGCCUUUUAAGUUGACGUCUUAUGCAACCUGUUACGUACAGCUGCACACCCCGGCAUGCCUACAUAAUGAACUUCAAACGCCUCUCUAGUUUAGUUUGUGAAACCUUCACGAAACGGGUUUCUGUGUCAUAUUUGUUUAUCAGUCGUGUCAGUAUAAGGCUUAUUAUGAAUUUCGUAUAAAAUAAGUGGUGACAAGAAAUAAUCAAGUUUAUUGAUGUUAUUUCUUCUAAAUUAUUAUCAUGAUUAUAUCUUAACAUUUUUUUGUGAACGUAUUAUUCAUAAAUCAAAUGAAGUAUGCU